AUAGAGAUAACAACCUGAUUCUUUCGUACUGGGUUUCUUGGUGUUAGUAUUUAAACUGCAUGCCGGCAUACUUUAGACAUACAAGAAAGUUGGCUUAAUAAUUCCGGAAAUGUUGCUUGCCUUACUCCUCACUUUUUCUUCUGUAAUUAUUGCGAUUGCUGGAAAUUAUGAUAUGGCGUUGAACUCUCGUAUCGUAGGCGGGACAAACGCGGCUUCCAAACAAUUUCCUUUCGUGGUACAAAUUCAAGCCAACGGCGCUCAUCGAUGCGCGGGCUACAUUUACAAUGCCAAAUGGAUUGUAACCACGGCUGCUUGUGUCUACGGCUAUACAACAUCACAACUAAAGGUAGUUGUGGGACAGGUUUCUUUAACUGCUGUCGACCCUGGAGAGGAAACUAUUGGUGUAAUAACCAAUCAUUAUCACGAAUUAUAUGAUGCGAUUGGGAUGAGAAAUAAUAUCGCUAUGCUUCAAGUCUCCAAGGCAAUUAAUUUAGGAGUGUAUUCAGAUGCGGUGAUCCAUGGAGACCUCCCAACGACAGAGAAUAGUGGUCUUUUAUUAGGCUGGGGAAACUCAGGUUCGGGAGGUAUUUCUUCUAAUCUUCAGUUCACUUCUGUGCCAAUUAUAAAUGAUGGAACCUGCCCUUCGAUUGACCCUAAUUUGUGGGAUCCAACUUUCAUGAUUUGUGCGGGAGAUGCUACACAUAACGCGUGCUACGGUGAUGCAAGUAGUCCAUUGGUAUUGGGGACAUCUGUCGCCAACUACAUGGUAGUAGGGCUAGUGUCGCACAGUACCUCUUGUUAUAGUCCAACCGCAUUUAUCCGUUUGUCGGCCUAUUCAAACUGGAUGCAAGGAAUCGGCGGCCAACCUACAGAAACUACUACUCCGACAGCUCCGGAAACUUCGACAACUUCGACAACUUCGAUAACUUCGAUAACUUCGGCAACUCCGACAGCGUCUUUUCAGACUUGCAAUCAAGCCAGUGCUGGGCAGUUUCCAUUUGUUGUGGCCGUUGGAGAUGCUAUAUCCGGGAUACAUUCAUGUGCCGGAUUCAUCUAUAAUGCUGAUUAUGUUGUCACUACAGCGUCUUGUGCUGAUAAGCUUGAACUCGGUUCCACUGUUAUAAUCGCUGGAUCCUUGCGACUAAAUAACCUUGGAACAGACUAUCUAUACCACGCUAAACGCAUCGUAGUCAACAACGUAGGGGACAUCGCCCUAAUUCAAAUGCAAGAAAGAUUUUUAUUCACCGAAGAUGUCAAAUUCAUUCGUUUUGAUCAAGCCAACUAUGCUGAACCAUCAAGCACGGCUGUCGGAUGGGCAUCCGGUGAAGUUGGUGGAUGCACAACGUCUCUUGAUCUCUUGUGGGGUUUAACUUAUCUGUCAGCGAGAACUAGUGAUUGUGCUGGCUCAGUUCCAAAUUUCGACGCUUCAACGAUGAUUUGCGUUGGCCCAGCUAACAACUACGCUUCCGCUUCGAUAGUAGGAUCGUGUCGCUUUGAAAAUGGAGCUCCGUUAGUUCAAGGAACGCCUCCUGUGGUGAUUGGAAUCAAAUCUACCGUUGAGCCAUCAUGUGCAGGCAAUGUAUUCACCGCUUACACUCGAAUUUCUACUUUCUUUCAAUGGCUUCAGUUAAACGCCGGCCCUCAACCUUGAUAUGGUAGCAACUUAAAAACAAAAUUUUUUAUUAAUAAUACAGUUCCAGUUUUAAAUUUCACGGUUUAAUUAUGUCUACGUGUAUGUAAACCGCAUCCAAAUCACACGAAAGGAUAUAUAAGCAACAACGG